CAAUUAAGACUGCAUCUGCCAUGGCAGGAGCUCAACAGCUCCCUCUCAAAACCCCAACCCACACUCCACCCAACGAUUUGGCUGCACCACCUUCAAUUCCCCCAAUUCCCGAUCCCGCUCGCUAAUCUCUCAGCGCUCGACGAGCGGACCAAGAAUCCAUUAAAGAUCUCUUCCUUCUUCUCCUCUAUCUUCUUCCAUCUUUCUAUUCCCCAGAAUAACACCCUGUCAUGCAUGCAUGCAUUCUUCAUCUUCUUUUUCCAUGUCCUUAGGUUGUAGAGAUGGAUAGAAACCAGAGGAGGAUGUGCCCGGUGGUUCUGGUGGUGACGGUGGUGCUCUGUUUCUGGCCGCCUCUGGCUCUCUGCCAUGGUGGCGUCGACAUGGAAGCUCUGUUGGAGAUCAAGAACUCGUUCGCGGAGGACCCCGACGGAGUGCUCGAGGAAUGGAGCAGGGGGAGCCCGGACUACUGCUCGUGGCGCGGAGUCACCUGCGACGAGGUCGUCCCGGAGGUGGUGGCGCUUAACCUCUCCUCCUGCUCCCUCGCCGGCUCCGUCUCUGCUGAACUCUCUCGGCUGCGUCGACUCGCUGCCCUCGACCUCUCCAACAACCGCCUCACCGGCCGCAUCCCGAGUCAGCUCGGGGGGAUCUCCAUGCUAUCCGCUCUCGUUCUCCACUCCAACGAUCUCUCCGGGACGAUCCCGCUCGAACUGGGCGACCUCGCCGGCCUCCGAGUCCUGCGGCUCGGAAACAACCCGGAACUAUCCGGAACGAUUCCGGACUCGCUGGGGAAGCUCGGGAACUUGACCACUCUCGCCUUGGCGCUCUGCAACCUCUCUGGGCCGAUCCCCAGUCAACUAGGCCGACUGAGUCGGCUUGAGAACCUGGUUCUCCAGCACAACCGGCUCGACGGCCCCAUUCCGCCGGAGCUCGGCGAGUUGUCGAACCUCCAGAUACUCAACUUGGCCAAUAACUCGGUCCAUGGAGAAAUUCCGAUUCAACUAGGAGAUCUGAGUCAACUCACCUACCUCAACUUGAUGUCCAACCGGCUCCACGGCGGCAUUCCGAGGUCAUUCCACAAGCUCUCCGGGCUUGUCAAUAUGGACUUGUCGAUCAACGAGCUCGAAGGCGAAUUCCCGGACGAACUCGGCCAACUGAGUCAACUUAGCUACCUUGUCUUGUCCAACAACCGCCUUUCCGGCAGUCUGCCGGAGACACUGUGCCAGAAUGCGACCAGCUUGGAACACUUGUUCUUGUCCAACAACAAUUUCUCCGGUACAAUUCCAGCCGGCUUAGCUCAAUGCCAAUCAUUGACGCAGCUGGACCUGGCCAACAACAGCUUCGCCGGGGCAAUCCCGGUCGAGCUCGGUGAGCUCGCCAGUCUCACCGAUCUAUUGCUCAACAACAACACCUUCUCUGGUUCAAUUCCCCGUGAACUCGGAAACCUCUGCAAGCUCCAAAUUUUGACUCUGUACCACAACGAGUUGCGCGGUCCGCUACCGGAGGAGAUCGGCCGGCUGCAGCAGCUCCAGAUCCUUUAUUUGUACGAGAACCAGAUCUCCGGCGAGAUUCCAGCCGCUAUCUGCAACUGUUCCAGCUUGCAAAUGAUAGAUUUCUUCGGGAACCAGUUUUCCGGAAGCAUACCGGCUUCCAUCGGCAGUCUGGGGCAGCUCAAUUUCCUCCACUUGAGGCAAAAUGACUUCUCCGGCGUGAUUCCCGCCUCGAUGGGCAACUGCCGUCACCUUCAAAUUCUCGACUUGGCCGACAACAGGCUAUCCGGCAGGAUUCCAGCAACCUUCGGCAACUUACGAGCACUCCAACAGCUCCUGCUCUACAACAAUUCACUAGAAGGAAGCGUUCCCGACGAGUUGUUCAAUUGCCAGAACAUUACCAGAGUGAACCUCUCCAACAACAAGCUCACCGGAAGCAUGCUGCCACUUUGCGGGUCGAGCUCCCUGCUCUCCUUCGACCUCACCAACAACUCCUUCGACCUCGAGAUCCCGCCGCAGCUGGGGAACUCACCGGCGCUUGAGCGAAUACGGCUCGGGAGCAACCGUAUCACCGGCGAGAUCCCGCCGCUGCUGGGGGAAAUCAGCGCGCUUUGGUUGCUUGAUUUGUCGAGCAACUCGUUGACCGGAGUGAUACCGAAAGAGCUCGCCUCGUGCCAGAAUCUGACGCACAUUGUUUUAAACAAUAACCAGCUCGCCGGCGAAGUCCCGGCUUGGCUCGGUGGCCUGCGGCAGUUGGGGGAGCUCAAGCUCUCUUCGAACAGGUUCACAGGAAAUCUUCCAAGUGAGCUCUUCGAUUGCUCGAAUCUACUAAAGCUUUCUCUCGAUGGCAACUCAGUCACUGGCACUCUCCCGCCGGAGAUCGGCAAGCUCGCAUCUCUCAAUGUGCUUGACUUGGCCCGCAACAGGCUCUCCGGUGCGAUCCCUGUCUCCAUUGUGAAGCUGAGCAAGCUUUACGAACUCCGGUUGUCGGAAAACCAGUUCUCAGGUACGGUCCUUGUCGAGUUCGGGCAGCUUCAAGAGCUGCAGAGCGCGCUUGACCUCAGCUUUAACCAGUUCAGCGGAGGAAUUCCGCCGUCCCUCGCGUCGCUCGCCAAGCUUGAAGACCUCAACCUCUCCCACAACUCCCUCACAGGCGAUGUCCCGCCGGAGAUAGCCGCAAUGAGCAGCUUGAUCACGCUCGACCUCUCGCACAACGACCUUCAUGGGAAGUUGGACCAACGAUUCGACCGCUGGCCGCCGGAGUCGUUCGUGCCAAACCGACCGCUCUGCGGAGGGCCGCUGCCGCCGUGCAACAUCGCCGGCCACCACUUCUCGAAGUUAAACUCGGCGGCAGUGGCCGCCAUCUCGGCCUCGGCGACGCUAGUCAUCCUCAUCAUCAUCAUCACCGCGGCGUUAGGAUGGCACUACAGGAAGCAGUCAGGCGAAGUGAAUUGCGCCUACUCCUCGAAGAGCUCUUCUGCGACGCGCCGAGAGCCGUUGAUGAAGGGCUCGAUGCGGCGGGAGAUCAAGUGGGAAACGAUCAUGGAGGCGACCAGCAACCUUAGCGACGAAUUCGUCAUCGGCUCCGGCGGGUCCGGCACCGUGUACAAGGCCGAGCUUGCCACCGGAGAGAAGGUGGCCGUCAAACGCAUUCUCUUCGGAUACCGAGACUCCUUGCUCCAAAACAAGAGCUUCCUCCGCGAAGUCAAGAUUCUCGGCCGCGUCCGCCACCGUCACCUCGUCAAGCUCCUUGGCUUCCUGAGCAGCGGAGACACCAGCGAGCACCUCCUGGUCUACGAGUUCAUGGAAAACGGGAGCCUGUGGGAUUGGCUCCACAAGCCCGGCGUGAGCCAGAAGAGGAAGCGCGAGCUGAGCUGGGAGGCGAGGUUGCGGAUCGCCGUUGGCCUCGCCAAGGGCGUCGAGUACCUCCACCAUGACUGCGUCCCCUGCAUCAUUCACAGGGACAUCAAGUCCAGCAACUUGCUGAUCGACGGCCACAUGGAGGCGCACCUCGGUGAUUUCGGCCUGGCCAAGGACGCCGCCGGUGAGAACUCCGGUGGAUACACCGACUCCGCCUCCUGCUUCGCCGGAUCUUACGGCUACAUCGCUCCCGAGUACGCGUACUCGAUGAAGGCCACCGUGAAGAGCGACAUCUACAGCAUCGGAAUCGUCCUCAUGGAGCUCGUGUGCGGUCUGAUGCCGACCGACCGGCGCUUCGGCGGAGACAUGGACAUGGUGCGGUGGGUGGAGUCGCGGAUAGCGUCGCUGUCGGCGGCCGAGCAGGAGGAGUUGGUGGAUACGGCGCUGAGGCCGAUGGCGCCGGUGGAGGAGGAGAGCGCGUUCGAGGUGCUCGGCGUGGCGCUGCAGUGCACUAGGACGGCGCCGGCGGAGAGGCCGAGCUCACGGCGUGUCUCCGAUCUGUUGCACCACAUUGCUUUAAAGAUCGAAAGCAGAGUGAAGAAAAUUGCAGUGUAAAAUAUUUUGGUGUUUUAUUGAAAAAUAAAUUUUAGAUUUCGAUUCACGUUUAGAUUGUUGUUGAUUUUUAUGAUCUUUCUUGAUCAUUCCUUCUGUCAUUUUAACAAAAGAUACAAUUGCCCCGGGCACGGUGCAGCAGUAAUACAUUUCAGUGACCAGCGGAAUAGUAUCUACCUAUAGUAGGAUUAUGAAUCAGAAUUUGUAAAAUCGUCAUCUAGAAGC